ACGAGAGCUGAAAAAUAUCGAACCUAUCCAUCCGGUCGGUAUCGACACCGUCGCUAUAUGUCUCGAUCCACUCAUCCCCGCCUAGGUAGAGCAUUAAGCUGUGGGGAGGGACGCGUGGUCUCUGUUAGGACACUACAAGGGGAGCAGCUCAAAGGAGACGUGUGAUAGAUCGCUGAUGGCUUUCUCUCACCUCCAUCAUCCCAAUCUUCACGGAGAAGCCUCUGCUGCCUCCUGUGUUACCAACAUCUCCACGCCACGCGCCUCUUCUCCCGCCACAGGAUUUUACGCGCCGUAGCGAGAAGAAAGACACAUGAUGGUGCAUUCAAUGUGGAGCUCCUUUUUUAGUGCACUGAUGAUGCCGGCACCGCAUUGAGAGCACCGAUGAGUUGAAGUGCAACUGCACCCACUUCUUCCCUCCUGAGAUCCUUUGAGCAAACCAUGGCUGACCAGUACAGUAUGUUUCUCACCACGGCGCCGCCCCUCCGACGAGGAAGCACACCCCUUCCUGUCAAACACCAACUACGGAGGGAAGAGGCUGUAUCCGAGGACUGCGAUUGGAUCCCGGGUUUGGAGGAACCUGCCACAUUGCCUAUCAGUGACACAGCUGUGCCUCGGGAUGAAUCGUUCAGUCAAACGUCAGCAGCCCAGUCGGCCUACCACAGCCACGGAGGGACGCUGAGGAUCGUGCUACUGGGACAGAACGGCGUGGGGAAGUCGUCGCUGGCAUUAUCGCUGGCCGGCCAGUCGGACAGAUCCCUCUCUAUAGACUCUGAGACUCAAGCAUGUGGUGAAGGCUACGAGUGUACAGUCACAGUCGACGACGAGGACAGCAAAGUCAUCAUUUUUGACAAUUGGAAACAGGACCUGUCCACUCUGAAGUGUGAUGUGUGUAUCCUGGUCUUCUCCGUGACUGACAGGCGAAGUUUCCAUCGCACCGCACAGCUCCGCCUUCUCCUCAGGGAGUCCCAGCCUCACACUCCAAUCAUCCUGGUGGGCAACAAGAGCGACCUCGUUCGCUCCCGUGAAAUAAGUGCAGAGGAGGCCCAAUCCAGCGCCAUGAUGUUCGACUGCCACUACCUAGAGCUCUCGGCUUCUCUCGAACACGGCACCAAUGAGCUGCUCGAGGCGGCCGUUCGGACUGCAAGGGGAGACUGUGUGGGCCCCAACUGGGCCGACGGCGACCCCGGAUCAGGGCGCAGGGAGAGUCUCACCAGCCGGGCCAAGCGCUUUCUGGCGGGGCUAGUGCCACGCUCGUACGGACGAGAGCGUGACCGGGGACGCUACCGAGAGAUGAGCCGCCACCGAGGCAGCAAGAUCUUCCGCCAGAAGUCACGCUCUUGCCACGACCUCAGCGCACUGUGACAACAACACACACACACACACACACACAUGUACACACACCAGAUUGGAAGAUUUACCACAGAGGGGGGGGUGUAAACCGUCAAAAGGACACAAGAAAAAAAAUGGAGGAGGCACAAAUUUACCCUUAAAACUAUCUUAAUCCAGCCUUACAUUUAUGGGUGCCAAAUGGUGGUCAAAGGGGGGGUGGACAGAAUUUAAUAUAAUAAUAAUUUAAUUUAAUAAUAAUCUCAGCUAGAACAUAAUACAAUACAUAAUACAAUACCACAAUACGCUGACCAAAAUGAUAACAUAUAUAUAAAUAUUACAUAUAAAUAUGGAGUAUUCACUUCUGUCAACUUUGACAAUAGGUUUUACAUUAAAAAAUUGGACUUUGUUUUUUUUUUUGAUGCUGAAAAACACAAAGUAUUACAGUUUUUUACAGUAUUUACAGUCAAAAAUUACACCGAAAAAUUAUUUGAGUGUAUUAUCGAGAAAAGAUUUCCCCAACAGACAGAAAAAUUAGCAGGACUCACAUCACGUUGUCAAGAUGCUGACUGGAGAACCAGGAGUGAAGGGGGCGUGGGUGUGGGGGGGGGGGGCAUGGGGGGGGUGGAUGGAGGUCACAAAUAGACACACACAAACUCAAGUAGCGCUGAUUGCAUAGACUGAUAGCAACCCAAUGUAAAGCUAUAGUAGAUCCUCUUAUAGCAUAGCAUGCUCAGUAGACGAUGGACCCUGGUAGGGUAUCGAACCUUAGGUUAUGCACAAUCUUAGCUAGUUUUUACGCAAAUUGCAACGACCCUUUAUUUGACACAACGCCGCCCACUCUGUGUGUUAUACCACUUUUUCCGUUGAGAAGAGCGUUCGAUAUUAUCGGUGGUAUACAGUUCAGGCGGUUCUCGGGUUAUCGAACGACUCAAGUCGUGUUUUUGUGGGAGUCGGAAUCUACUACCAGUCGGACGUGCCCUGAACAGGGAGGUGUCCAGAGAGCCCAGUCUUGUAAGCCCUGAUCUUGUCCUUUCAGGCACCGGCGUAGGAACGUAGAUUGACACGUGAAUCCGCAUUAUCGCGUUUUCUCUAUGCGGACGCAGAAACCGACUACUUCCUGAUGGAUUCUUGUGUUUACCGACUAAAAUGUAACGUUCGUUCAUGAAUUAAACGGAUUACAUCCGUAACCCAUUUGUAAACCGAGGACCACUUAUAUGUUUAUCCCUCACUUUGUCCAAGCCAUAUUCUUGCUGAUUGCUUAUUGCGCAAUCAGCACAAAGAACCCUUUACAAACAGGAAGUGGAGCCAAGAGGAAAAAAGGGGUUUUACAAAAUAAGACGGGUCACAAGAACUCUGGAACAGACAUGACAAACUUAGAACAAACCUAAAACUACCUUUGGAUGUUUGAUGUUUUUUCGUGUUUCUCUUUCCGACCGCGUUAUUUAUUAGGACAAACGUACGUACGUAUGCGUUAGAGAACCUUCCGAAAAAACGGUAUCUCAACAGCAUGCCAUUGUUUGUCACGGUCUACUAAGCACUCACACACCUUUACACCGAGAAUAAAGUUUGGUUUGACAUCCCAAUGAUGGCGUCUUGUGCUUUUAUUAUGGUCACUUGCUUAUUGAUGAGAUCAUAUAAAAAUGGUAAUGGUUUUAUUUGAUUUGAACAUGCAUCAGAUUACAAUUGAAUGCAUCACAUAAUCAGUUCACAGUUCCACAUGUCCGAAAGGAGUAGGAAGAAGCAAAGCUUAUUAAAUCCUACCCCUCCAUCUGGUACCUUUACAAAUCAGUAACUGUUACAUUUGUUCACUUCCUGCUUUCCUAAUAUAAUUUAAGUUAUUUUUAUUUUAUUUGUUUUUAUUUAAUAAUUUUUUUUUUUCAUUUUUUGUAAUUAAUUUUUUUUUUAGUUUUUUUAAUGGUUUUAUUUGAUUUGAACAUGCAUCAGAUUACAAUUGAAUGCAUCACAUAAUCAGUUCACAGUUCCACAUGUCCGAAAGGAGUAGGAAGAAGCAAAGCUUAUUAAAUCCUACCCCUCCAUCUGGUACUUUAACAAUCACUAACUUACAUUUGUUCACUUCCUGCUUUUCUAAUAUAAUUUAAGUUAUUUUUUUUAAUUUAAUAAAAAAAAAUUCAUUUUUUGUAAUUCAAUUAAAAAAAAAAUUAUGGUUCUACUUGAUUUGAACAUGCAUCAGAUUACAAUUGAAUGCAUCACAUAAUCAGUUCCCAGUUCCACAUGUCCAAAAGGAGUAGGAAGAAGCAAAGCUUAUUAAAUCCUACCCCUCCAUCUGGUACUUUUACAAUCAGUAACUGUUACAUUUGUUCACUUCCUGCUUUCUUAAUAUAAUUUAAGUUAUUUUUUUAUUUAAUAUAAAAAUUGUUUUUCUUUUUUUUAUUACAUUUUUUUUAAAUUUUUUAAUGGUUUUAUUUCAUUUUCAUCUACCCACCAACUAUAUGUGGUUUCUUAAGUUUUUAUUAUUUGCCGUUUUAUUAUUAUUAUAUUUAUUUAUUACUGAUUGAUUGAUUUUUUUUAUUCUUGAUUUGUUUAUUUAUUUUUCAUCUUAUUUUGUGUAAAAAAAAAUAAAAAGUAUUUGAGAACAGUGGAAUGUUUUAUCAGAGCUUUUCUUGUAGAAAAUCGAAACCAAAGCAAAGUUUAUUCAUUUUUCUGUUGUUAAUAAAUGCGUUUUUUUUUUUGUUUUUUUUUUUGGAAAACCGAGUCUCGCCCAGACCCUAGCUCCAGUGUCCCCCAAGUAAAUUGAGUUUGAGACCCCUGCUUUAAAUGCUGUGUCCCAGUAGCGUCAAAAACGCUGAAUACCGGACAGAUUGAAGACACAGAAAAGACCCGCUGGCUCACAGUCUCGGUUUUAGUUUGACCCCCCCCCCAAAGGUGUCUAAACCAAACCUACCCAAGUAUGUCUUUUGUGCUUGGAAGCAUCCGGUUUUUCAAAGUCUCUUUUGUACAAAAACCGAAUUAAAAGUUAGCUGUGGGUUCAUGAUUUCAAAAGUACACAUUAAUAUAUUUUCCCACUGGUGUACUUCUUUUGACCCCGUGGAAAUCCAAAGUCAGCAUAAAUACGUUCUUUAUUUAAGUACGUAUUACACAAAAUCCUAUUAGUAGCUGUCUACUUUUGGUCGUGGUUUUGGUCUUUCCUGUCCGGGUUUGUUCCAGAAACUCAUAAAAUGUGCGAACUAGCAACCUCUAUCUCGAGAACCACUGUACCCCCCAAAGUCAAUUGACUUAAACAGAACUCUCGAUAAGAAUUAACCCUAAAUCUCGAAUCCCGGAACCGCAACCCUAAACUACAGAUCAUAGUAGUCUACUGAAAAAGGUAUUUGACUCUCAAAUCAAGUCCGCAAAACCUAUUCAAUGUUUAAAUCUGCAUUUAAUCUUUGAUUCCCCCCUAAAUCCCAAAAUGGAAUGAACCGGGAAGCACGACUGUGUUCAGUCAGCCGCCCAAUCACACGGUACCACUGCGGUUUUGAGGUUACUAUGCUGGUACUGUAACUGGUACUCAAGUGGAUCCAAUGCGAGGACUCUUAAGAGAAAAGAAAAACCGGUAUAGAGACUCGGAGGCUCGGAGAAAAAAAGCAAGAGAAGAGGGCAGAAAUGCUUUGAGGAGUAAUGGUUGCCUGGAGACGGUUGUCAAGGAGACAAUGAGUCCUCUGGUAUCUCAGCUUGUCCUAUAU